UGUGCCUCAUCAACAUUGCACUUGAAGCAGAGAGUGGAAGAGUUCAAGAGCAGCCGCGAUUCGCAUUCACAUCCCAAUGAAUUGCAGAUAACCAGGCGCAGAGCAGCGCUGGUUUGUUUCCCUCUCGUUUGCAAUAGUUUUGUUUUGUUUGUAGUUUGGCAAAACUGGGGCUGAUUGUUCUUACAGUGAAGUUUGCAUUAUCCCAAGAUACAAUUUUUACUUCGUUUUAUGAAAGUUUAUGGUUAGAUUUAGGACAACAAUUCCAGACUGUUGGUUAACAUUUUAGUCGGGUGCAGUAUAUAGUUUGCAAAAAACUUGGUGCGGCGAUUUCAGUUCAUCUUUUGGUUUUGAAUCAUGUUUGUUUUUGCGUUGGCAGAGUCACCUGCAAAAGCAAGUCUUUGUUAAUACAAACGAGUCUUUAGUAACGUGGCCGAUGUUCUAAGCGUGAGGGGGCUUUGGUUUGCACAGACCAGACUGACAAUGGAUGGUCGAUCGGCGCUGCCUCCCGCCCCGCUAGUGGAAUCCUGCCUUACGCCUAAUCCUGCCACCUUGCCCAUUUCAAUGGGCGGUGGCUCCCUGCUGCGACCGCCGGCGUUGCUCCUUCGAGCCGCCGCCGCUGCAGCUGCCGCCGCGGCCGAGCGUUACCCCCGGACCCCGAAGUGCGCCCGCUGUCGCAACCACGGCGUGGUGUCGGCGCUGAAAGGCCACAAGCGCUUCUGCCGCUGGAGGGACUGCAUGUGUGCCAAGUGCAUGCUGAUCGCCGAGAGGCAGCGGGUCAUGGCCGCGCAGGUGGCGCUUCGGCGGCAGCAGGCGCAAGAAGAGAACGAGGCCAGGGAGCUGCAGUACAUGUACGCCAGCGGAGGGGCUGCCGAAGCCGGGCUGGCCAUGGCAGCGGCUGCAGCAGUCGCCAACGGCAUCAUCCCCGUAUCCAGAGCCGGCUCGACGCCUUACGAGAUCUUUGGAGCUGACUACCAUAAGCAGAAAGAAGGAGAAAAGCUGUCCAGAUAUGAGCUGUUCUACAACAGUCUGGUGAGCCGCUCGGUUCUCCAACCUUCACACUCUAACACCUCCGAAACUGAUGGGUUGGACACCAAUCUGAAGGUUAAAGCAGGAAAACCCGAAACCUUGGACAACGAUUCGGGCCAACUUUCCUCUUCCCCAGAUCCGCCGUCGGAAAGUGCGGACAGCCCUCGCUCGGCGACUCCCUCGGAUGCCGAGUCCGGGAACGAAUGCGACAAACCCCCCAAAGGGUUGGCCAAGGUUAUGGUCAACCUACCCGGCUCUUCCUCCAAGCACAGGGCGCCCAUUGACAUCCUCACAAAAGUUUUCCCCAACUACAAGCACGAUAAAUUAGAGUGCAUUCUGGCAAACUGCAAGGGAGACGUUGUCCAAGCCAUUGAACAGGUAUUGAACGGGAAGGAACCUGGUGGCCAGAUCAAAGAUGUGGACUGCACCAUAUCCGAUUCCGAGGAGAUUCCGCGAUCCUCCCACAUUACCUUAGCCGGACUCUCUGGCGGCUCCAUUGGCACCAAGUCUGCUUUCUCUCCGCUACAAUCCGGCGCCGUUUUCGGAGGGCCCGCUAAUCUGUACGGGUUGAAUCCUAGACUUGGCAUCAACCCACUGCGCUUGGCAUACUCGAGCCCUAGCCGAGGGCUGCCAACGUUCAUGUCACCUUAUGUCACUUCUGCUCUGAUGCCAACGUUACCAUUCCGUCCACCGAUGGACUAUUCCUUCCCGGGCAUCGUGAGGGAUAUUCCCUAUUUUCAAAACAAAGACUCGCUUUGCUCGAGUGGAUUGUACUCCAGAAUUAAUCCCGAAAAGCAGUGACUCCGAUGCUCGUGAGAUAAA